AUGACCCACACAAGCAUCAUGGAGAGUUUCAAGACACGAUUUGAUUUCCCCAACCCUGUUGUACAAGCACAGAAUGUGCGGAACCUUGUCGCUGCUGUGUUGAAAGAAAAAGGGCAGAAUGGACAGAUCGGCCAGUCCUCCAGUAACGGCCCUGCCUUGGAGACCCUGUGGCUGCAGUGCUCUGGGGAGAAUGACCUGGUGCGGACAGUGUGCUGCGAGGCCCUGGUUCUGCUGGUGGAGCAGGGUCACGCUGAUCUGCAGUAUGUGCUCAACGGAGUCCUCAACCUGAUCCCCUCUGCCAGAAAUGUCCAAGGGCUGAUAAAGGUGAUUGGACAGCUGCUGCAGAUGCAAGCCGACCAGAGAGACCCCCGUCAACCAUUUCACUGUCCCUACUCUAUCAGGAGCAGCCCUCAUCCAUACAUUACGGCGCUGGAGAACCGCGCAGACUGCUGGGCCUCGCUGUUGCCGGAGAUUGAUGACUUCAUACGACGAGCCAAUGACAGAAAUGAGCCAGCGUACAUCACCAUGCUUCUGCCUUUCCUGCGCUACCUGUACUGCGAGCCCCAGAGGCUUUCCCAGCAUGCACUCCUGCGACACAACCUUCUCCGGGUUCUGCUCCCGGCUGGUGGAGUCUCCGGGAGGGAAUAUGAACCCGUGUCUGACAGCCUCCUGCAGUCCCUGUGCCAGCUGGUCCCACACAUGCAGGUGGAGAGUGUGGAAGCUGUGCUGGAGCUGCAGGCCUUCGUCAGAGCUCUUCUUCAUGGUCUGGUCGGGACGUCCACAGAGCGAUGGGAGACAGAGAGAAGCGAGCUGCUGCUACAGCUGCUGUGUGCCUGCCACCGCUGCCUCCAGUUACACGGAGACUGCAGACCCCUGCUCCAGCUCAUGCAGCAGCUGCUGUCUGCACGUCAACAGGAGGAGGUGCUGGACGAGCUGAUGCUGGGAGUUGCUUUGCUUUUGUUGGAGGCUCCAGCCGCUCAGCAGAGCAGCCUCCUCAACCUGGCUUUAUCGCUCGCCCCAGAGGACUCAGAGUUCUGUCCUUGGGUGGGUCCGGUCCUGGUUCUUCCUGUGCUGCAGCUUCAGUCCUGUCUGAACCUCACUGAACCUCUGACCGAGCGGCAGACGCACAAACGGAACCAGCAGCUUUCUGACCACCUGCUCCAAAGAGUCAGCAGCAAGCCUCCACAAGAGCCCACACUGAGUGGCCGUCAGCUGGUUCUGCCCCUCAGCUCCUGGUUCAGUGAGCUUAGCGUGGCCCUCUGCACUCUGCGGACAGUAGCGGCUGAUCCUGAAGCUGCGUGUGAUUGGCUGCUGUCCGCCCGGUCGUCUCUGUCCUCCAGUCUCAGCCUCCCCUCCUCCUUCACCCUCGUCGUGAGCUUCCUCCUGGUCACGGGGAGAGAGGACGUCUGCCAGCUGGCUCUGAGCACAGUCCAAAGCAUAGCUUCGGCUGACCCCUCACAGGUGCCUUCUCUUCUGCCCUUGCUGCUGUUCCGGUUGGGGCGAGAGAAGAGGCCUGAGGUGUCCCAUGCUGUGCUCCAGUGUCUGCCAAACCUGGGAACACACAAGCUGUGUUUUCCCAUGGUCCUCCAGACUCUUCACGUGCUCGCCAGCGCCCCCAAACUGCGCGCGGUGUCCAUGCGCCUGAUGGCCGCGCUGUGGAAGAAGCAGGACCGCGUUUACCCCGAGCUGCAGAGACUCCUGUCCCAACACGAGGACAGGGUGGUGCUGGGACGCGAAGCCCAGUGGGAGCAGCUCUUGUCCCGUGCUGCCUGCCUCCGGGACAUCUGCACAGAGAGACCAUACCAGCACGGAGGGGACAUGCUGGCGGCCAUUACCCUGAUGCUGAAGCAGUGCAGUAAAGCCGACCUGGCCACUCCAGCUGUUCUGGCUCUUCAAGGCCUGCACGAGCUCUGUCGGGCAGAGGUGGUGGAUAUAGUGUCAACGUGGAGAGCGCUGGGGCCUGAGCUGAGAGCUGAUUCUCGCCCACUGAUCGUCAAAGCCACCACUGAACUGCUGGCUCUGGUUCCUCAGCUGCAGGUCAAGUCAGAGGCGUAUGAGAAUCUCAAGGCGGAGGUGGUUGCUCUGCUCUGGAAUUAUACACUGAACAAGGAUCCAGAGGUGGCGAACUGUGGAUACAAGGCUCUGGCAGAGUUUCCUGAAGUGGACCACAAAGUCACCUUUAUUCCAGAGGCUGCCCGGCCUGUCUCUAAGCAGCUUGAGAAAGAAGAGGAAGAGGAAGAAGAGGGGAAAAAAGAUGAAGAGAAGGACCUGUCUGUGCCCGGUUCCUCUUAUGUGAAGCUGGUGUCUCUAACCCCAGCCUCUGUCCAACCAGGUCUCCAAACGCUCCUGACGUCGCUGGUGAAACAGGAGAUGAAGGAGAUGCCUCGAGGGGUGUACUUCUCGGCGCUGAGACAAGGCGGGCUGCGCUCUGAUCAGGGGAAGACUGUGGCCGGGAUCCCCUCCUUCGUGCUCAAGACUUACGAGAAGAACAAGCAGCCGGGACUCAAGCCGGGACUAGCAGGUGGUCUGCUCUUGUGUUAUGAGCUGCCGGUGCAGACAGACCGCGACGGAAAACCCAUCGAGCGCUUCUUCACGAGUCGCAGCCGCAGCUACCAGCAGACCCUCAGCACCCUCAUCCACGAGGUGAACAUCCAGCCGUCUGAGUGGCACCGCGCCCUGCUCCUGCCUCAGGCCUGGAGGAGCUUCAUGAGUCGAGCGUUUCAAGCUGCUCUUCAGGGCCGUCGUGCUGAUUUGGAAAUGCAGCAGAAACAAGGCAAAGGAGAUCCUGAGGAGCUGCAGUACCAACACCACUGUGCCUGGCUCUGGGCCAGAGACCAGCUGUCAGAUGUCAUAAAAAAUGCCAUUAAAGACAGCCCCGUGGUCCAGGGGAACUCCAUCCUGGCUCUGAGUGGUCUGGCUGCUGUUCUGGCCAAGUACGAGAAUAACUUGCCCACGGACAGCGAGGGCAGCCUGGGGGCCGGUCCAGAGUUUGUGCCCACCUCCAGCUGGUUGGCCAUGGUCCUGGACACUCUGCUCAGCAUCAUGUGCAGCAGCUACAAAGCCAAGGGACAGGUCUUUCCAUGGUUCCUCCACCGGUCGUACUCUGGGGAGAACACGGCCAGUGCCAUCGCCCGCUCCUGUGCCAGCCUGGCCCUGUCUCUGCUGGUGCCCGUCAUGGUGCUGUGGCAGAGGGAGGGCGUGGCCGAGGUCCUGGCCGUCCUCAGCUCCGCUCUGCCUGGGGCUCCCACCGCAGACGAGUCCCAGGUGGUCCAGUUCCACUCGGGGCUGGCUCUGGGCACGGUGCUGGCCAGCCUCCACCACCAGCGCCUCAGUGAUGUCUCAAAGCAGAACAGCACUGAGCUGAUGGCGAAGGCUCUGGACGCACUGGAGACCUGCUCUUUCAACCCAGACUUGGAAUACAAUACGGGUUGCCUGCUGGGUCUGGGCUUGGUUCUGGCGUCUCUCUGCGUCCACGGUCAGCCAGAGCAACAGUUCCACGCCACAAAGAUCCUGGGAAAGCUACUGGUCAGUCUCCAGGAGAGCAGGGAACAGAGCCGCAUGCAGCAGGAGGUGUUGGCGUACUCCGUGGCCUCGGCGUGUGUUGCGGCCUUCUCCUCUGGACUCAUCGAUGCGUCUAGAGCCGAGGAGAUCAUGACCACACUGCGCACUCUGACCGAGGACAGCCAGCAGACUCCAGGUUUCUCUCUGGCUCUGGGACUCGUGGUCCACGGUCUGUCCUCCGCUGGACACGGCAAAGCAGACGCCAUCCACCCUCGACUCCUGGCUGCGUGGAUCAAAAUUCUACUAGCGGAGGGCUGUCCGACCAUGCAGAGACUGGCUGCUGUCAACGGUCUGGUGGCUUUAGUGGGAUCUGAAACGUACCUCACACAGCUGAAGAGCGAGUCGGAGCUCUCCACUCAGCAGCAGACCCGGCUGAACGAGGUCAUCCGUGCCAUUACCCAGAUCAUCACAUUCUCUGGAGCCAUAGGUUUACAGUCCAACAGUGCGUGUUUAGUGGGUCACCUGUAUCUGGCCCAUAUGUCCACGAGCCACAGUCAGACCGCAGUUCCCUUAGACUUCAGCUACUUGUCUGAACGCAGCGUAAUCCGAGCCAUUGUCGACUUUAUCACAGAAGCCGGGAAAAAGGGUCCAGAGUUCUCCCACCCAGACCUGGUUAAGACCGCACUCAUCUCAUUGGCGUGUAACGGAUCGAGUUUUCAGUUCCCGCCCAUAAACUGGAGCUCUGUGCUGUCUCCUCUGAUGCGACUGGGAUUCGGAGAAGAGGUGCAGCAUCAGUGUGUGGUGUUAGCCGCCAGUCAGGCCCAGUCCUCCCAGAGUUCUGCGCUCUUCCUGGGGUCCUGGAUGUCGCCUCCUUUAGUGCACAGCCUCAGUCACCAGACGCGUGGUCACCUGUACGAGGCGCUGGGCGGGUGGAUGAGGCACGUGGCGGAGGACAAGCUGUUGGUGUUUGUGGAGAGCCAGGGUCUGCAGCACUUCCAGGACCCCCAUCGGUCUCAGCGUCUGCCCCUGUGUCGAUCCCUACUCCUGGGGCUCGCUCAGGCCAUGUCCCUCCCCAAUCCCCCCAACCACUGCUGGAGCCUCCUCUGCUCCACCAGCGAGAAGGUCUUCAACCUGCUCCCAAACAACAUCCAGGAUUCUGAGCUGGACUUGUACGUGGGAGUUGCCAAAUGCCUUUCAGAGAUGUCGGAUACCGAAAUCGACAGAAUAGCAAAAGUCACUGAGACCCAGAUGGAGAAAUGCUGUUUUGUCCUGUGCUACCUGACGUCCCAGGGCAGAGUGCCUCUGUUGGGGGUCAAUGACGUCAUCUCAGGGGUGCUCCGCGGUUGGCCCAGACUCAGAGUGGACUGGUUACUGCAGCAGACCUUCUACCAGUGCAGACUCGCAGCCAGCGCUCACACAGGUGUGAGCAAAAGAAUGGAGUGGCUUUUGGAGCUGAUGGGACUCAUACGAAACAUUGUGUAUGGUUCAACUCCUGUCUCUUGUGGAGACGUUAAAAUGGCCACAGACUUCCUGUUCCAGACGUUCUGCUCAGCCGUCGUGUCCUGGGGCGACCACUCCAUGCCCCUCCUCCUCGGCGUCCGGGCCCUGUGGUUCCCCUGGCAGUCCGAUCCCAGGCCUUCCGCCAUACGACACGGACUCUACGGGAAAGAGUGGCCCUCGGAGCGACCCCUGGCCCCCUGCGUCCUCGGCCUGCCCCACAGCCUGCCCCUGCUGCUGGCCAAAGACCCCUGGAGCGGGCAGACUCAUAAGUUCAUCGACUGGCUCCUCAGCGUCACAGAGGCCCCGCAAGAGAAUAUAUCCGCACCAAGCCUCUCUGCACUUAAAGCUUGUCUCCUGGCUUUGAGGUCCUGCCCCGAUUUCAAGAAGAAAACCAUUUGGACCAGAGCGUUCGGCUGGUAG